AUGUCCCGACGCGUAAAUCCUAUAUGCAUCGAUGACUUUAUGAAUAGACAGUUAACCGAAAGGACUGAUAUUCUGGAAUGCGCUUGGCACAAAAGACAACAGGAAGAUGGUGGACAUUCCGAGGAUGAAGAGACGAAACAUCGAGAUGGACAUGCACGAGGGGAUUUGGAAGAAGAAGAGUACUUGGCUCCACCAGCUCCUCGUGUUAAAACGUUUUCAAUUGGUGAUGAUUGGAAGACAAGGGAACGAUCACCAAAUGAAUUUGAACAUAUUUCACGCUGGAGAGCUCUCACUGUUUAUUUGUCCUGGGUCACUCUUAUCAUGUUUGCUUAUGUCAGGGAAUUUCUUCGAAAUUGGGGACUUGAGACAAGUCACAUCAAGAUUGAACUUGGCAAACAAAAACACUUUGUACCUUUAUUCAAUGACUUCGAGGCGGUUUAUCAAAGAAACUGCUAUGUGAGGGUUCGUGAUGUUUUUGAGAGACCAAUCGGAAGCACACCCGGAGCAAAAGUCAGCCUACUGGAUCGAUACACGGAAGAUGGUGGCUGGACUUUCAAGUUCCCUGGAACUCAAACGGAAGUUAUUAAUGUUGGCUCGUACAAUUACCUCGGCUUUGCACAAAACAAAGGUCCAUGUGCAGACGCGGCAUCGACUAAAAUCAACGAUGAAGGACUUGCCACUUGUAGUACUGUGCAUGAAAAUGGGCGCUCAAUCUCGCAGGCCCGUCUUGAAGCACUCGUCGCAAAAUUCCUGGGUGUCAAUGAUGCGAUAUGUUUCUCAAUGGGAUUCGCUACAAACUCAAUGAAUGCCCCAUGUCUUGUUGAUAAGCAUUCGUUGAUCAUUUCGGAUCAAUACAAUCAUGCUUCGCUUAUUUUGGGAUGUCGUCUAUCCGGAGCAAGUACGAAGGUCUUCAAGCAUAAUGAUAUGAAAUCACUCGAGAAAAUUCUACGAGAUGCUAUUGCUUAUGGAAAUCCUAAAACUUAUCGGCCGUACAAAAAGAUUCUGAUCAUUGUUGAGGGAAUUUACUCAAUGGAGGGAUCAAUCUCAAAUCUACCAGGAAUAAUCGAAUUAAAGAAGAAAUAUGGAGCUUAUCUCUAUUUGGAUGAGGCUCAUUCAAUCGGUGCGAUGGGACGAUCGGGACGUGGUGUGGUUGAAUACUGGGGCUGUGAUCCAAACGAUGUUGAUAUUUUGAUGGGCACAUUUACAAAGAGUUUUGGAUCGGCUGGUGGAUAUAUUGCUGGAUCAAAGAAAGUGAUCGAUCAUUUACGAGUUGCUUCACCAACCGGAUACUACUCAAGCCCAAUGUCACCACCAAUUGCAGAACAAAUUUACAAGUCAAUGUCAAUUAUAAUGGGCUUUGAUGGCACAAAUGAUGGUGAAGCACGAAUUGAGCGACUUGCUCGCAACUCUCGUUAUUUCCGUCUUCGUCUCAAGCAGCUUGGCUACAUUGUAUAUGGGUCAAAUGAUAGCCCUGUUGUACCUGUCCUCAUUUACUAUCCAACUAUGUGCGGAUUUUAUGGCCGACAAAUGCUAGCUCGUGGGAUUGGGGUGGUUGUCGUUUCAUUUCCAGCUACCGACAUGACGGAGGCUCGUGUUCGUUUUUGUGUUUCCGCCGCCCACACAAAAGAACAGCUUGAUACUGUAUUGAAUGCUAUGAAAGAGGUGGGGCGAGAAACUUGGUGUUCAUCCUUUUCGUCACAUAAGCAACUCUACGAAAAGAUGAAAAUUGAGUGG